GAUCCCCCACCCCCACAUCUGCGCUGGGAGGUUGGGUCUAAGCUCUCACUGUUGCCAGCACAGAAACUUCCUUCCAGCCUUUCAAGGAAGAGUGUCUCCGCUGCAACUUGUAAGACCACCUGCAGAUUUCCUGCCACUUUGUAAUGAGCUUAAAAUUCCCAGAAGAAAGAAUUAAAGAGAUCUGUGAAUUAUUUCGUGAAUGCAGAGGAGGACUGCAAAUGAGGUGGCCCUGACCAUCGCUAAGGGCACAGAAGAGCGGCUGAAGGCACAAGGGACACGGCCGGGGGCGGGGAGCCAGAGCCACGUCGCGGUGCAGCCCAGAGCAGAGGGCUAGGCAGCUGCGUCACUGCCCCUCCCGGAGGCGGCUACAGCUCGUUGGAAGUGCUGUGUGCAAAGUCCUAAGCCAGAGUUGCUGCUCCCUGGCCAGGCCAGCUGCCCUCGACGGGCAACUCCAGGCAGAGCCUGAGGUCUCAGCCCUGCCCUGUCUGUAAGCCGCCAAGCACGCAGCUUUGAGCUGUCUGAGGGUAACGCUUUCCCGAGCUAAAAUUUCUGACCCCUGACAUUGGCCUUGAACAAGAUGGAGGCUUUGGAAUCUGAGGGUGUGAAUCGCAUUGCUGUGGACUAUGUGGAAGGCAUCCUGCAGCCCACGCCCACUUGUGACACCUGGGAUCAGAUCUGGAGCUUCCAAGCCAGGCCUGACGACCUGCUCAUCUCUACCUACCCGAAAGCAGGAACAACGUGGACGCAGGAGAUUGUGGACUUGAUACAAAAUGGGGGUGAUGUCAACCAAAGCCAGAGGGCACCCACACAUGAGCGAUUUCCCUUCAUCGAAUGGAUAAUCCCUUCCCUAGGAUCUGGCUUGGAACAAGCGAAUGCAAUGACCUCACCCCGGAUGUUGAAGACACAUCUCCCCUUCCACUUGCUGCCACCAUCUUUCCUGGAGAAAAACUGUAAGAUGAUCUAUGUAGCCAGGAAUCCCAAGGACAACAUGGUGUCUUAUUACCACUUCCACAGGAUGAAUAGAAACCUUCCUGCUCCAGGCACCUGGGAAGAAUACUUUGAGAGUUUUCUGACUGGGAAAGUGUGCUGGGGCUCCUGGUUCGACCAUGUGAAGGGCUGGUGGCACGCCAAGGACCAGCACCGCAUCCUCUACCUCUUCUAUGAGGACAUGAAGGAGAACCCAAAGCAUGAAAUUCAGAAGCUGGCAGAAUUUAUUGGAAAGAGCUUAGAUGAUAAAGUUCUGGAUAAAAUUGUUCAUCACACUUCAUUUAGCGUCAUGAAGCAGAACCCGAUGGCAAACUACACAUCGAUUCCGGCUGAAUUCAUGAACCAGUCGAUUUCUCCAUUCAUUAGAAAAGGGGUCGUCGGGGAUUGGAAGAACCACUUCACCGUGGCCCAGAACGAGAGAUUUGAUGAUGAUUACAGGAAGAACAUGGCUGACACUACUCUAACUCUCCACUUCCGAUUCUCUUAAGGAAGAAAAAGCAUCAGAUUUAAUUGGUAUAAAAGUUGAUUGCCCUGACCUCGUGAUAUUGAAUUCAGGUGGAGGGACUAAGUGCUUCUUGUGUCUGCUUUUGUUCACGCUAAAAAAAGAUAGAGCUAACAGUGGUUGGGGCCAGGUGGAAGGCGGAGACUUGCAACCCUGGCAUUCUUACUAAUGAUUGUGAUGCAUCAGUUUUCUACAGACCACAUGCGUGUGAACACGUUAAAUAUGCUCUGGUCAUCACAUAAGAAUAUACUCAAGUUUUCAGAUUCAGUGUUGAUUUAAGCAAAUUUGUAAAUACAGCACUAAAAUGUGUCAAUAGUUACUAUUUCUUGCAGGUGACUAUUUUCCCCUGAAACGUUCUCAUUCACUUCAGACUUCUUCCUUCAGUGCCUCUACCCCUGUCCCUCACCUCUGCCUCUGUACUUCCCUGGACUCCCCUCCCACUCCCAGCCAACCCCUCCCAGACUUGCACCUUGACCCACCUCUCUCUGGCCCCUCCUCAACUGUGUUCUAAUCCAUCAGCAACACCUGUCAGUGUAUUUCCAGGAUGUCUUACCUCUGCAGCCACCCUUCUGGUUCAGAAGCCUCUCCCUUGCCUAUAAGCUACAUAACUUGUUUCUCUGUUCAUCAUACAUCUGCCAAACUUCUUUUCCCACAACAAGACUCAUUACAUUUCUCUUUAGCUCAGAAUCUUUCGAUGAUUCUGAAUGUUUGCUGCCUACAAGGUACAUCCCAAGCAUUUUUAGCCAUCGAUUCAAAGGGUGACUUACCUUAUGACAUGGGUGACUUACCUUCCAAACCGCCUGCCAGCUGGGUUUUGUGCUGCCAAACCCCCUCCUAACUCCAGCAGAGAGCCACCUUGCUGGGUCCAAGCGCGUCUCACAGGCUCCUCCCCUCCCCAACUAGCUUUACUGUCAUCCCACCUUCUCCAGAUGUUUCCUUUCCUUUCUCCCCACCAGUUUAAAUCAUACACAGCAAGUUCACUAACCAGCGCAGGCCUCCCAUCUUCCUGCCAAUACUGCAACCUGAAGGACCAUCUGCUCUUUGGAAGUCUUUCACACAUAAUUCUUAUGUGAUUAAGAUUAAAGUGUAUCAUUAAAUCUCUUAGAGGUC